UUGAUGGUGAUAAUUUUUACAUGUUGAGAUUUUUGGUUUAUGAAAUGCCUUCUAAUAAUAUGGAAGAAGUAUUUGAACUCUUUUCUGUUAAUGGGGGUUAUAACUUAUCAGAAAUUAAAAACAAAAUCUAUCCAUUAGAACAAAGACUAAAAGGAGACAACCCAAUUCUUUACACAUCCCUUGCUUCUGAACCCAAUCAAGUUAUUUCCUAUGAAAACGAUUAUUCCUUAAUUGACGACUUUCCUUCUGGUUCGUUUGACAUAGAUAAUAAUAAUUGUGAACAUUUUGCUAAUCGUUGUGUUCUAGGUAUGAAUGUUUCAGAAUUAAACGAUAAAAGAGAGGGUAAAAAAUAUCGAAAUAUUAAUAUCCAAGAAAACUUAAAUGAUACUAAUUCUCGGUUAGAAUAUUUGGGGAGUUAUCCAUCUAGUAAAAUUAACGAAAUAAAUAGUUAUAAGACAUAUCAACCCCAAGGAAUAUUAAUGGAAGACAGAAUUGAAGUUUCUCCAAAAGAGGAAUGGAAUGAGGUUUUAAGUGUUUUAAAAGGUGAAAAAAAAGAUGAACCGCAAGACAAUCCCUCAACUAACCCUUUGCUUCCACAAAAGCAGCCAUUUUAUCAAAGUAAAACAUUUUGGUUCUUAGUAGUUGGUGUAGUUGUUGUUUCA